GGCGUAUAUGAGAGGGGAAAGCCUGCCGCCGCCUUCAGAACUGCAGACGUGGGUGCGUGUGGUGGUGGCGGGCUUGUGAGGAACCAUACACCCCAGAAUCGACAGCAACAGGAAACCAAGUUAAUCAUCUUCGAGACGAGCUUUAUCUUCCUCCGCCCGCGCCACCAACAGUCAUGCCUGGCCACAUAGUUAAGAGUUCGGAGCCCGACCCCGACCCGUCCGAAUGGUUAUAUGUAUCUGCCGAACAGAAGCUGAUCGAUCAGAAUAAGCCCUACGAUCCAAAGAAAUUUUGCUGGGUCCCUGAUGCGAAGGAGGGAUAUCUUCAGGGCGAGAUCCAAGGGGCAAAGGGCGAUCUGAUGACAGUUACUCUUUCUACAGGGGAAGUAAAAUGUUUUAAGAAAGAUCUGGUGCAUCAGGUCAAUCCUCCCAAGUAUGAAAAAUGUGAAGACAUGUCUGACUUGACAUAUCUGAACGACCCUUCCGUUCUAUACAACCUGAAGACCCGCUACCAGGCCAAGCUCAUCUACACCUACUCCGGCCUUUUCUGCAUCGCCGUCAACCCCUACAAGCGUUACCCCAUCUACACCAACCGCACCGUCAAGAUCUACCAGGGCAAGAGGCGCAAUGAGGUGCCUCCCCAUCUCUUCGCCAUUUGCAACGGUGCUUACACAAACAUGUUAGAAGCUGGAGGGAAUCAGUCCAUGCUCAUCACUGGUGAGUCAGGUGCUGGUAAAACGGAGAACACAAAAAAGGUUUUGUCUUAUUUUGCGAAUGUCGGCGCCUCCAGCAAGAAGGUGGAAAAUAAACAGAAUCUGGAGGAUCAGAUCGUGCAGACAAACCCCGUCCUGGAAGCCUUCGGUAACGCCAAGACCGUCAGAAAUGACAACUCCUCCCGAUUCGGCAAGUUCAUCCGCAUCCACUUCGGCCCGAACGGCAAGCUGUCCGGCGGCGACAUCGAGGUGUAUCUGCUGGAGAAGGCUCGCGUCAUCUCCCAGCAGCCGCUCGAGCGCUCCUACCACAUCUUCUACCAGCUCAUGUCUGAUCAGAUCCCAGAGAUCAAGCGUAGGUUCCUUUCGGGUCCGUCAGGAACGUCAUCACAGAGAGUUGAAGUAAACGGCACCACCAAGAUCGCCUCCAGUUCGCUCAGGAGUAUGUUGAAGAAGGAUCGAGAUUACAUGGGAAGUCAUAAGGACAGAGACAACAACCGAGCACUUGAUAAAAGAUGCGAAUGUGAUUAA